AUUAAAACGCAGCGACGUUGAAUUUGUGUUCAUAAGAAAUUGAAAAAAAAUCAUGUCAGUUAUUGAUCAAAAAGAAUACCUGAAGAGAUAUCUUUCCGGAGGUGAUGCUGAAGAGAAAAAUAAGAAAAAGAGAAAGAAGAAACCGGGAGGACAUCAGGGUGUAGCUGUGAAAGCUGCAAGUGUUCGGGUAUUAGAUGACGAUGUAGACUUCCGGACCCUCGCCCGAUCCGAUGCUGGAGAUGACAAGUCAACCUUACUCGAAGAAGCGGAUGAGGCUCCGUUGGUAGCAGAUUUUAUUGAUGAGAGGCCAGAAGAUGAAGUGAAGCUAGAGCAGUACAGGAAGAGCGAUAAAUGGAAGGUCAUGACACACGAUGAAGAGGAAGAGGAAGAACUGCCACAGAGUUCAUCAAUAGGAGGUCAAAGGCCACGCCACGAUUCCUCAUCAGAUGCUUCACCGCCCCGCAGGAGACCUCGUCAUGACUCUGGUUCUGACCUCUCCCCUCCAAGAGGCAGACCAGGACCAGGACAGAUGUCCAGGACCAGACAUGAUUCAGACUCUGACGUGUCUCCACCCAGGAGAAGGAACGGCGAGGCCAAGCAGAUCCCGAAGGGUCGCCACGAUUCGGAUCCAGGUUUAUCCCCCCCAAGAGCUAAGGUCAAAGGAUCAAGGAGGAACCGUCAUGAUUCUGACUCUGAUAUUUCGCCUGUGAGGACGAAACGAAAACAGGGAGCAAGACAUGACUCGGACUCUGACAUUUCCCCGCCGAGGCUAAGAAGACCUAGUCCUAGUGGUGGUAGCAGGAACUCCAACAGUAGAACGAGACACGACUCUGAUUCUGAUCUAUCACCUCCAAGGAUAUCGAAUUCCAAGAGGAGAGACCAAGGUCCGUCCAAAUCUGGUAGGUCCAAUCGAGACUUGUCUCCAGCCAGAAGGAAAGGGCGUGGCUCGGAUGUCGACCUCUCUCCACCCAGGAGAGGGGGAGGAGGGAGCAGGAGGAGGAUGGACUCAGAUUCAGACCUUUCAUCCGAUAGAGGGAGACCAAGCAAAGCUGAAGAUGGGAUGAAGGGGAAACCAAAGAAAACGCUGUCAGGAGCUAAGGCUGGUCUAUCAGAUGCAGCAGCCUUACGGAGAGAAAAUGAAGCGACCAGGCGUAGAACCAACGAGGCUUACUCCAGACUUGAUGAUGACGUCAGUGGCAAAAAUGCAGAUACGAUAUUCAGGGAUAAGACUGGUAGGAGGAGAGACCUGAAGGAGGAGAAACGUCUCAAGAAAGAAGAAGAGGCUAAAAAAGCUGAAGAAGAUGAGAAAUUCUUGGAGUGGGGUAAAGGCGUGGCCCAGGUCAAGAAUCAGAAGAGCAGUAUAGAGGACACAAUGAGAGAGAUGGCCAAGCCUUUAGCCCGGUACAAAGACGACCAGGACCUGGACCAGAUGCUAAAGGAACAGGACCGGGCAGGAGACCCCAUGCUGGCGUUCCUAAAGAAGAAGGAAUCAAACGCAAUGGCAAAAGCUGGUAUUAAAGUGAAACCCAAAUAUCGAGGACCGAAGCCUCCACCAACCCGAUUCAACAUCCAACCUGGAUACCGAUGGGAUGGGGUCGAUAGAUCCAGCGGAUUUGAGAAGAAAUACUUCCAGAGGAUGUCGGACAAAAAGGCUACUUCAGAAAUUGCUUAUAAAUGGAGCAUUGAAGACAUGUGAAUAAGCAUCACCAAGAUUGGCAAAGAUAUUUCAUGCCUAGUUAUGUCAUUGGGAGUGUCGUGGCCGAGUGGUUUAAGGCGCUGGACUGGAGAUGCGAAGGUCGAGGGUUUGAAUCCAGACACGGCACUAUUAUCCUUUGGCAAGAUAUUAACCUGCACUUGCUACUCUCCACCCAGGUGUUAAAUGGGUACCCAGUAGGAUGCGACCGUCACUGUUGGUCAAA